AUGGCGGAGGGUGAGCGAAUGGAAAGGAUGAAUCCUGUGGCCAUUGAGCAGUGGAUGGCAGGCGCCAUAGGCGCAUUGGCCGUGGCGCUCCUGGUGACGCGAUGCCUAAGGCUGUCGCUCCUGAUCGCCCUGGUGGCACUGACACUGGAGGCUGCGGCAUUGGCCGGCCAACUGGGCUUGCAACGUUAUUUGGGCAUGGGCCCUGCAAGACUGGCUGUGGGAUUUUCUGCACGUUCCAUUCGCUUUUGCAUCAUCAAUGUCAACAUACAGUCCGAAGGUUUGAUCUCACGGCUGGUGGUGCUGCCCUUGCCGCUCCUACUGACUGGCUUCGCUGCCUCCGAGCUGAGCCUAAAGUUGCAGCCGUUUCGCAUCCAGCUUUGUGCUACUGGCUUAUCCUUGGCCGUGCGCUGUCUAGAAGCCAACGAAUGGAACAAAGAUUCAGCUGUGAAGGGCGCACAAAGUGCAGCCCUCUCCCAGCUCGAGAUGCUUUUCUUUGCCAUGGAACGCAGACACCGUGAGGUCACAAGCCCUCCUGCGAAGAAGCGUUCCCUGCAGCUGGUGAAACAGCUGGUUGACUUGAUUCUGGACCAUGUGGAGGUGCAGGCAGACGGCUUCGCCCUGAAGUUGGAAGCAAUGAGAUACCAAGGCGAAGAAGCGCCACAGCUGAGUCCCGAGAGAUUCCUGGCUCACAUCCAGGUUGGCCGAUUUCAUCUUCCAUCUGCAGUUCCCGAAGUUGAUCCUCAAGUACCUUGCCCUGAUGUGUCAGCAUGCAGCGAUGGUGAGUACUUUUGCCCUCGUGUGCAACGUGAUAUCCGCGUCAGGGGCUUUUCCUUGAACGUUGUGGGUGCUGCUGGUGUGGGCCUUCGGCAGGAUUCGUCCAGCUCCAGCAGUCAACCACAAAUGGACCUCUUCGGGUCAAUGCCUGAGAUGCAGAUCCGCUUGGCAAUGCCUCCAGUGCUUUGCCAGCUGCUCUCGGGUUCUACGCGCCCCUGGCGUCGCAUCAGUGCCCACCUCACGGGCGUGCCCGGUGACACAUCGCCAGGCGCACUCAACGCCAAUGAAGCGUUGAUGAAAGUCGUUUGGACAUUGCUGGGGCGCUACUUGGCUGCAGGCGCCUACUGCUACCAACUGCAGCUGGCUGAGCUGAAGCAGGUGGGUGGAGCACAAGCUGCAGCAGAAGGACGAGGUCUGCCGCCGCCAUCUUUGACCAAAGAGAAGCGUUUGGCAGUGCUGGACGAGCUGCGACGGGCCAGCUGGGCCCAGGUGAGAAACGCAUUGCCAAGUGAGUGCUCUUAUUAUGAUCUCUUGGCUUUGCGUGUGGAGGCUGCUGGUUUCGACUCCCAGGUCUCUGAUGCUCGACGGCUUUGGCGAACUGCGCUGGACACCAUGAACAAGUACUCCAAAGUUGAGGGCUUGUUCCACGAGUUGCAUGUGAGCAUGGGCUUAUCACUGGACAUUGAUUUGGAGAUGGGAGCUGGUCGCAUUUCCGCCGACCUGGGACGGCUCUUUGCCAAGUUGGGGCCAAAAGGGACAUUGGCCGGACUGGAGGUGGUGCACGGUAUGGCGGUGGAUGCUCAUGAGCGGACCUGGUGCCAAGGAGCAAGCGCACGAGACACCGAACAAAUGGUCUUAGUUCGAGGUGGCUCCAAGUUGCCACGGCGUGAGAGGGUGGUGGAGCCCUCGAUGUGGCUGGCGGCGUUCUUGCCGGCAGAGCCUGGGAGCAUGCAAGUGACCCUCAAGCUGAACCAGGCGCGCGCACGGAUUCUGCCCUCGCCCUUGCUGGGCACGGUGCUCCCUGCCGUUUUGGGCCUUUUGCGGCAGGACCCCAGGCCACCCGCGCCUGAACUGCCGGAUCACUUUACAGAGGAGCAUUUGGAGGCGAUCCCAACUGAAGCGCAUUUGCCCGACACCAUCCUGGGAGGGAUGGCUUUACAUUUUGAAAUGGAUGUGCGAGAGAGUUGUGCGGUGCUACCCCUCAAGCCGCAGCUUCCCUCCAAGAUGUCGGAUUUGGUGCCCAAGACUGACCUGGACUACGAUGGCUUAGUGGUGUCCGCGGAUGUCAUCAAUGCCACACUUGUGUCCAGUCCCAGCGAGGAAUCACUGGUCUUAUCGGUGGAUGCCCCCUCUGUGGUGGCACCAGGAGGGUACAAGAUCAUGGAGCCGAUGUCAUUGGUGGAGCUGAGAUAUGUGGCUUCCUGGUAUACGCCCAGCACCGGGGCAAAGGUACCAUUGAGAUCGGCCAAUAUUCGUUUACCUAUGGCGAGCCUCUCAGUCUCUUUAGCUGUGAUGCGGAUGCUGAAGAAGACCGCGACGGCGUUGGCUCAAGGAUUCGCUUCUGAUGAGCAGGCCAACAUGGAAGAGAACGCACCAGAGGAAGGCCGCUUCGCGCGCGUGCGGCGGCUCUUCACCGAGAACGAUGUGGACGAGUCGGGGGAGCUCGAGAGGACGGAAGUCUUUAAGCUGGCAGAGAGGCUCUGUGUGGACAACUACGCGCUGUCUCAUCAGGAACUGAUUGGCGCUUUUGAUGAGAUUUGGACUGCCAUGGACAGCUCCAACGAUGGAAAGGUCUCCUUCGAAGAGUUCUGCGACGCUCUCGCAGGUGGAGAAGGUCGGAGCGCUUCGAAAAACUUUGGACCUUUGAGUCUCCGAGCCGGGGAGUUGGCCUCAAAGAGCUUCCUGGAAGGACACGAUGAGGAGGAUGACCAGGCCUCAAAGGCCCGGUUGUGGAAUCUCCUUCAUGAAGACAUCCAAGCACAAGUUGGAGGAGGUUCUAACAGCUCACCCUUGACCUUGCAGUGGAAGCUGCUACGCGCUUUGCGAAACUACAGCGAUGCCAAGGAGUGGUGGGAGAGCACCUUGCGUCCGGAGGUGGCACCGGACGCUCAUUGGGAGAUCGAGCCCGAUCGCCCUGUGCUGUCGGCUCGGGAGCUCAUGUUUGCGGCCUUGUCCGACUCGGGUCAAAUCCAACAGAUCACCGAGGAGAAGACAGCCACUGCACAGAGCCGGCGCACCGGCCCACGACAUCGCAGCGGACUCAAGCUGCGGAUGGCCUGCGAUGGCUUCAGGCUGAACCUGGAGGACCCACUCAGCCAGCUGCGGGGUCAACAUCGCUUGAGUUUGGGCGCAGCUUCGGACAGUGACGACUCGAAGGCCUUUGAUUUGGAGCUGACCUAUUGGCAUGCCACAGGACAUCGACACCUGUCCUUUGAGGACCAGCUGAAAGCAACCAUUGUGGUACGAGGCUUCUUUAGCAGUUGCAUGAACCCUUGCCAUCACCAUCCCGAGUUUAUCAUGGAAUCCUGGGGCUUCAAUGUGUGCGUGGACAGCCCCGCAGGUGUCAAGGCUUUAACCUGCCGCUUCAUCGCGGAUUGCCACUUCGUGAUGAACGUCACCUCUUCCUUGCUGCUGGGUGUGAAGCCGAUCGUGCGAACGCUGAUGCCUCCGGAGGAUCCGGAUGCGUUCAGAGGUGACAUCUCUCAAAGUGCCGGAGGUACAGCACCCCUGGCGCAUUUAUUGCAGGGCCUGAGACGUUUGACGCAAGAGAAGCUCCAAGAGUUCAAGCUGAUCCUGAAUGAUCCUGAUGCAGCUGGGGUCGGUACCAAAGUGCCUGGUGAAGAGAUUGUUCAAGUGAGCACUGGCCCUCCAAGAGGCCUUGAUCGACGUGGCUCCAACAAAGCGAAAUGGAUGAUACCCUUUGAGCUGAACUCUGCCAAAAACUUGGCGCGGAUCAUGCUGCCUGCUGGUUGGCAUGUCACAGAGCUUCACCAAACUGACAUGUUGCAGUUCGAACUCUUCGUGGAAGCUGAAGCGCGCAGCGAUCCGCCAGAGCCAUCUGAGAUUGUAGUUUGGUCCGUCGACACUGCUUCUGCUGGCGCAUCUGCAGGAACGCUUGCACAGGACCAAGAAAGCAAUCACAGCCCUACCAGCAGAACGGAGGAGGAUUCACCAGAAACGCGAAGCUGCCAAAGCAGCAGGACUUUGCAAGUACUAAACCGCUGCGGGGUGCCUGGCGAGGUUUGGUUUGAAAGAGGUUCAAAGCAACGCAUUGGACCUGUGGAGGUUCUAGAGGCAGAUGGUCAGCCCAGCACGGUGGUGGUUCCGGAUGUGAGAUGCAGCCUUUGCGUGGGAGUGACCGAAGUGAGUGUCUACAAGAGCGCAGAGGCCCGUCCAGAUCUCAGCAGCUUCGGCCGCUGCGGUGCGCCCAUCAAGGCGCUGCAGGGCAUCAUGUCCAGCCGUGGCGCCGAGCGCGGCGCCGAGCGCGGCGAGGUGCAAAGCUGCCUAACUGCUUCCUUGUCCAUCGGCCCGCAAGGUCAAGCGCUUCUGGAACUGCUGCCCCCCUUGGAGCUGCAGAAUGGUACACAGUUGCCUCUCCACCUCCAUUUGCAUCCGCCCUACGGAAACCACGCCGUGGCAGCUCAAAUGGGCAUCUUCGGAUUGACGCGCGCCUCGGCGGCCUGGGCAGCUCCCAACCUGGAGCCAAAGGUGGCCAUCGUCCCGCCAGGCGGCACCUUCCAGGUUCCGCUCCACAUGCUGCAGAAAGUGAACACCGAGUCUCAUGGAUUUGGACAACACUUUUGGCAGGUGCUUGCAGAAGCCAUACCACCCAAGAAGAAUCAUUGCUCAUUGGCCUUCGCUUUCCCGUUAGGUGGCUCCAUCCUCCGCUCCGGACGAGAGGAGUUGGAGCUGCGGCGCUCCUUGGGCUUGGCCUUGGAGACCACCAGUAUCACAGGCUCCGGUCCAGAGAAGACCACCUUGCAGCGCUUUACGCUCCUGCUUCUUCCUGGCUUGCGGGUGGUCAACUCCUUGCCCGUGAAGUUGUUGGUCGUCUUGCAGCGGGAGAAGAUACGGGAUGAACAUUGCGACGUGGAACCGGGAGGCACCGCCGACUUCGGGCGAUCGCCCUUCGGUGGCAAGCUGCUCCUGGCUGUGGAGGGCGAAGAGCCACAGGUCCUGGAUUUGCCGGCCGAAGCGUUAAGUGACCGCUCCAAGUUCAAGGAGCUGAAGAUGGACCAGUUGAGGCUUUCUUCCAACAUGAGCUGCUCCCUUCACUGUUCCUGGCAAGCUGGACAAAGUCCUGAGAUGGUGAUUACUGGAAAGUGCCUUCUGUUCAACAAGACCGGCUUGACGCUUCAAGUCGCUGAACGUGUCGAACGUGACUCUGCACAACAGCCAGCGGCGCAGCUCUGCCCCGGUGGAGCCGCUGUUUUGGGCACCGAGGCAGAAGUGUGCAUUGGCCUCGGACUCCAGCAGGUGGUUUCGCGGAGCUCUCGAGACCAUCCGGAAAAGUCACAACAACUGGAGCUUCGUGGCUUUGCAGACGUGCAAGAUGCUGAGCGGCUCUUUUGUUGGCGCAGUGUUUCAGUGAGGCUCUCGCAGGGAAGACUGCAACUGAAGCGCCAGCGCGAGGCCUCCGAGGUGGAUGGCUUGGAGCAGCAAGCAAUCCUGUGGCCUUUGAGUCGCUAUUGCCGCUGCAUGGCGGCCGAGCCACAGAAUACUGGGGGCGUGAAGGAUUGUUUCAGCUUGGAGGAUCCCAGCCGAGGACAAUCCCUGGUGUUCCACGCGCCCGACAGUGCGACACAAAGAGAGUGGCUCAUGGAGUUGCAACGAAGCGUGCAGAUCCUGCAAGAAGAGGACGAGAUUACCAAAGGUUGGGACAAGGACGGUGGCGCUUGCCGUCGUGGAAAGGUCCCAGAUGAGCUUUGGGAGACUUGGUGCACCAGUGGCGUCCCGAUCAUGGCGAUCGGCGAAGGUGAGUUGAUGGUGACCGCUGGCAGCAGUGAGUCGCCCAGCGUAAUGUUCCUCGGGGUUCAGGUGCACGCUGUCUUGGGCAUCCCGCGCUUCCCCGGCAAGGGCGUCACCGUCACGCCACGCUUCAUCCUUCGCAAUGCAAGUGAAAGCUUCGUUCAAGUCAUGCCUGGACUGUUGCCGAAUAAGAAGAGUGGGGAUGAGCCAGCAGUGACCAACCGAGUAGAGGAGAUCAUCAAAGAGUUCUCAGGCCCCGACACCAUGGAUAUCAUGGAGUUCAUCGCCAGGGAUCCCAUCGCGGACCAGGCGGUGUGGAUUCCGCCAGGUGAGAGCCUAGCCAUUUUCCACUUCCCGUUGCGCUGCCAGGCAUCAGAAGUGAGCCAAGCGCGAAAGGCUGUGGCCUUACGGCUCCCAGGGCGUGAGCCCUUGCAGUUGAUUCAUGUCGAAGCAAAGGGCCCCUUGCAGCUGCAGCAAGUCCUCACAUCAGGAGUGAUCCCCUAUAAGGAUCAUCCCUGGCAAUCUGGACGUUUGCCUCCACGCAUGAGGAUGUUGGCGCAGGAAGGGCGCCUCAUGUGCCUGCGCUGGAAAUAUCUCAAGGACUUCCAACUGGGGGACCUCAUUCUCACAUCUGCCUGUGAGAUGUUCAUCGGACUGCCGAUCUCUGAGCUCGGAGCAGAGUGGCUAAGGAAAGAGCCAUGGAAGGAGUGUGAGGCUCUUGACUUGCGCUCGCAAGGGCAUCACAAGAUUACGCUGCAGAUGUUCACAGCGCAGAUGAAGGCAGGCCGCUGCAACUUCGAUGGCGUGGGCCGGGGCUGCGUGAUCUUCCUCGCACAGCGCAUUGACAAUGACUAUGACCUGCAGAUGGGCAAAGGCCUCCCCUGGAGCGGUUGGUUGGGGCUGAACAAUACACAAGAGAAGGUGGUGGCCCUAUCUAGCGCUGGCAGCACUGGCGGUGCGUCUGGGGUGAGCUUUAUGCGAUGCUCUGUUCAGGUGAGAAAUAGCACCGCCUUUAUGAUCCUCAGCGAUGAGCCACCCCCAUAUCGCGUGGAGAAUUGGUCAGACUCGAGGACCUUGGCGGUGCGCUUUCUAGGUGACGACUACUGCGAGAUCCUCCCGCCAUUGUCUUGGUUUGCCUUUGACUGGCCCACGCGUGCACAGCAUGAAAAGAAAGAGCGUUAUUUGAUUCUUCAGGACCUUCUCACUGAAAAGAAGGAGAUUUACCAGGCCCACGACUUGGGCCUGGGCCCGCCCCUGAAGUUGGACACCAACGCCGUGGAUGUCACCGGGCAGAACGCGGAGCUCACCGAGGAUGGCUUCAAGGAGAUCGUUCUCAAGGAGGAUCCCCGAGAGAUGGAGCACUUUGUCGCCCGGGUGGCGCAGGACCUUGGGACUGUUGCAUCCUCGUCCAGCACGCUGCCGGAGUUGACCAUGGGUGCCCUUUCGUUGCGAGAGAUGCGACAGCAAAUGAUCGAGCGAGGUUUGGUGGAGCCUCAGAAGCCGAGUCUCACGAAGCGCGGCCGGGAAAAGGCCAUGCUGUGCCACUACACCAUGACAACGUUUCUGAAGUUUUUGCUCCACACGGGAGGCUUCGCUGCGAAGGAGAGUCACCUUUCGGCCUUUGCGGCGGCGUCCAGUCGCUUGCCCAACUUGCUGCAACUGCUGGAGAAGCUUCCUGAAGAGGUUUGGGUGAAGAAGGAGCGGACGCCAGAGCAAGCAUUUCAGGACUUGCUGGCUGUGAGUGAUGUGGAACACACAGCAAAUGCGUUGCACUUGCUCGUCAGGAGGGUUUUGGAGGAGGACUUGGCUGUCCAACCCAAGUCAGUCUCCACCACGGAGGUUCACGCCUUGGCCAAGGAGAUGGCCAAUGGGCUUCGCAAUGGACAGUGGCCACAAGGAGACGCAGAGCUUGGAGCGGUUGGGAUCGGUCAUCACUUGGAGCUUGCGAGCUUGCAACCAUUCGUGUCUAGCUACAGCUACAGGCUUGGACUUUAA